AUGAGCUACAACACGCCGUUUACGGACCCAAUUUACGGAGGUGCCCCGUUUGCAUACGACAUCUCCGACAGCCAGCUGACCGCGCUCAUCGAGCAUUCAACUUCGGCCAAGCAACAAGUCACGUUUUACUGCAAGGGAGUUCUCAUCUGGAACCACCAAAAUGCCUACGCGGAGACACAUGCGGCCAAGUUUCGAAGCUUUGUCAGCAAUGACAAUGUGUGGCAGGGUCCUCCUGGCGCAGACGGCGCCGUACCAAACGUCUUGUCCGAUGGGUGUGAAGGCAAUGCCAACGCGGUGACUGAGACGACCGUGUUUGAGCUCAUCACCGACUCCCCCGAUUAUCUGCCUGUUGUGGACAUUCGAAUCAAUGACGACGGCAACGAUGGCGAAGAAUGGGGCGUGGAGUACGGCGCUGUGUCAUUCCAGUUUGCUCUUCGUGAUGGCACCACCAAGCCGCGUGCUGGCAAAUCCUGCAGCCACAUCCUACGCGACUUUCCAGCGUCGCCCUCUGGCACUUACUUCAUCGAUCCCAACGGACAGCGAAAUGAUGACGCGUUUCAGGUGUUUUGCGACAUGGCAAACGGUGGCUGGACCCAGAUAAACCCUGGCGGCUCUGUUCCUGCUGGAGACCACUAUGACGGAAGUGACACGCGCAUUUGGUUGUCCGCACUCGGCAUUUCCAUGCCUUGGAGCAUCAGCGACUCCCAACUGACAGCCUUGCAGAGCAUUUCAUCCCACGCAUCGCAGAGGCUGUUCUUCCUGUGCAAAGGUGUAAUCGCUUGGCGCUACGAUUCCAUCUCGACCGCCCUGAAGCUGUCUGGUGCAGCCAUUUGGUUCCGAUCAACAGCAGACUCCACCGGAAUUGUUUGGACACCAGAAGACGUUCCUGGGGCUAGUACCUACAACCCGUCCCCCGUCGUGUUCUCCGACGCCUGUUCCAUGAACGAUGGCACCUGGAGGCAGACAGAAUUCAUUUUUGCAACAAGCAACGCCCGUGCACUUCCUAUCCGGGACCUGGCUGCAGAGGACCAUGGCAACGACGGCGAGGAGUAUGGUGCCAAUCCGGAGCCCGUCAUGUUCCGCACAGACUUUACGGUCACGAAAUUGGGGAGUACUCCGCUGAAUCCAGGCCGCACCUGCGCAGACAUCCUUUUCGCAAGUGGCGGAUCUGCCCCUGAUGGGUGGUAUUGGCUCGAUCCAAACGGCGGCAGCCCAGCAAACGCAGUGUUUCUGGAAUGCGACAUGCUGAAUGGUGGGUGGACUGGCGUCCGACCCAAGCAGAGGACAAUCCCAAUCAAACAGUGGCUCGGAACUUCAGGCGAUUCCCCAACUUGGUUUUCCGACACCUCAAGCGGCUUCAGGAUGCCUUACAACAUUGAUUCAUCCCAACUGGGUGCCCUCCAAUCGUUGUCAAUUGAAGGAAAGCAAUCCAUCCUCUUCCUUUGCAACGGCGUGCUGGCGUGGCAUUCUGGCUCAUCCUUGGACGGCACAAAUGCACUGCAGUUCCGUGGUGGCGUCACCAGCGACACAACAUGGCUCUACAACAGCGCGGAAACGAGUCGUCCUCAGGUGAACUACGAGCUUGAUGGAUGCCGUCACAACGACAGGCUCGCGAGCACCCCCUUUGAGUUCCACACAACCCUGACCAAAGCCCUCCCAAUCAACGACAUGCGAGUCCGCGAUGCUGGCAACUCUGGCGAAGUCUUUGGCGCUGAGAUGGGCGCGGCCAUCGCCAUCGGUAACGACCACGUCACCAAGCCGCGCACGAAGCACAUCCGGGUACGCCACCACUUCGUGCGGGAGCUCAUCGCUGACGGAACCAUUGUGCUGCAGCACUGUCCCGGCACGCAGAUGGUUGCCGACGCGCUGACCAAGGCACUGGACAAGCAGACCUUCGAGCAGCACCUGCCACGACUGGUGGGAACCUCGACGGCUGAGACGGAGCAGAGGAAGGCAGUUGAGGGGGAGUGUUGA